CAUACGGUGUGAUGUGCUGGUGAGGAGAAGUGUGGAGGAAUGGGAAUUUUUGGCGUGAGUGUGUGCGUAUGUUUGCACGCGCUGCUUGAUGCUGGGUGCGCGGCGCUCAGCGAUCAGUCGCAAUUCAAUACUCAAUAAAAACACACGUGAACUGUACGAUCAAUUCUUUCCUUUUACGGCAAAUGAAUCAAAAAUAAUAUCACAACGUAGGGGCAAGUUUGCUAAAGAUCGCGGGAAAGAACAUUUUGGUGCGUAGUGACCAGGAUUUUGAUAAAUCCUUCGGUUUUUGUGAAAACCGGCGUACAGAAGCGUUUGUUCAUAAAGCAGUGCUGCGGCACUCGAUCUGUGUUAGUGUUUGUGUGUGUGAGCCUUUUGCAAAAUGUCGAAGCAGGACAAGUUGCGGUACAAGGAGCUCAAGCGGCACCAAUACAUGGACUCCAUCAAUCGUGUGAAAGAGUUCGUAAAAACGUUCACAAGUGAACAACAAAAUCAAGCGUCGACGCGACUCGAUCGUUUGGAAAAGAUUUGGGAAUCUUUUGAAACAGUGCAAGAAGACAUCGAAGAUUUGGAAAUCUCCGAGGAAGGCGUUGCAACUAAUGCGCGUAUUAGAGCAGAAAUGGAGGAAACGUAUUUGUACGCAAAGGCGCAAUUGCGUAGUAUGUUGCCCAUUCCGGCAGUCGCUGAAAUUGUGUCUGUUGCUGCAAAUGCUGCUUCACCUUCUUUUUCAAGAGUGAAGCUCCCAUUGAUCGCACUGCCAGAGUUUGCAGGAAAUUUCGAUGCGUGGUUAACGUUCCACGACACAUACGUCUCACUCAUACACUCAUCGACGGACAUAACGGCAAUCGAAAAAUUCCACUACCUUCGAGCUUCACUCAAAGAAGAAGCUGCGAAUUUAAUACAAUCCAUUUCGGUUACGAGUGAGAAUUAUGAUUUGGCAUGGAGUACGAUCGUCAAACGUUAUUCCAACCCAAUCAUUUUGCGUAAGAAGCAUAUUCGAUCGCUCAUAUCGCUUCCUAAGAUGAAAGAAACGGGAGCAGUGGCGCUCAACCAUUUGGUUACCGAUUUUCGACGGCAUGUCAAAAUCCUAGAACAAUUGAAAGAACCCGUGAAAUCGUUCAGUUCUAUUCUCAUCGAGUUGAUGGCAGAUAAGCUGGAUGAUGAAACACUCCGUGUGUGGGAAGAAGCCCAUGCCGAUGAAGAUCCUACAUUUACGGACAUGAUGGCGUUUUUGGAAAAACGUGUAAGAGUGUUGGAAACACUGGCAAUAGAGAAGUGUAGUGCAGUUCCCAAAAAACCAAUAAAGACAAAAGUAUCGUUGCAUGCAGCUACAACUCAUACCAACAACGUACCAGUGUGUGUGAUGUGCAAAAAGAACGGGCACAGUAUAGCGUCGUGCAAUGUGUUCAAAGGCACUAAUACACAAGAACGCAUGAGAGUGGUGAGUGAGAAAAGGCUGUGCAGAAAUUGCUUGAAAGCAGGACAUUUGGCCCAUGCGUGUGCGUCCAAAUACAAUUGCCAGCAGUGCUCUCAGCGUCACCACACACUACUUCAUGCUCACGAAGAAAACAGCAGUGUAUUAGUGGGUGAAACUUCUAGCUCUUCAACAAUGGCGUUGGCAUCGUCGAAGAAAUCCGCCGUUAACGCUAUACUCUCUACAGUGGUAUUGGUUGUUGUCGAUGCAUACGGAAAAGAACACUUAGCGCGAGCAUUGCUGGACAACGGAUCGCAGCCGAACGCGAUCAGUGAACAUCUUUGUCAGCUUUUACGACUACCACGAAAGCCCGCUAGCGUUUCAAUUGCUGGUGUGGACAGCACUACCACCAAUGCAAAGCACAUAGUAUGUACAGAAGUGCGAUCUCGGAUCUACCACUACCGACAAGCAAUGAAUUUCCUUGUGUUGAAGAAAGUAACGCAGAACAUUCCGUCAACGUCGUUUUCUACUGCUGCCGUCGGCGUUCCUUCGAACUACGUUCUGGCCGAUCCAGAUUUCGGGACCGCGCGGCGCGUGGAUAUGAUCAUCGGUGCAGCAUAUUUCUAUUCGUUGCUGCGUGGUGGACAAGUGCAUUUGCCAAACCAGCGAAACGUUCUCAUCGACACGGUGUUUGGCUGGCUCGUAGCAGGAGAUACACCGACCUUUCAUGAAUCGCAAUCGCAAACAACAAUUAGUUGUCACAUGAUGGAGGCAACCGACAAACUACAAGAACAGCUGGAGCGAUUUUGGAAGGUCGAAGAGCUUGCUAUAACAUCAUUGUCUCCUGUUGAACAACAUUGCGAGCAGUACUUCAAGCAGACGACGAAUCGAGAUGACACCGGCAGAUACGUCGUUCGCAUGCCGAAACACCACGACUACGCUCAGAUGCUUGGCGAUUCGAAGGCUGCAGCCCAGAAGCGCUUUCGGUUGUUGGAACAGAGGCUGGCUAAAGACAAGCAUCUGAAGCAGCAGUACGAUGACUUCAUGCGAGAAUACGUGACGCUGGGUCACAUGUUUCCUGUGCCGGUUGAAGAGGACAGCAUGGCUGCGGUUCACUACUUGCCGCAUCAUCCGGUGGUGAAAGAGUCCAGCACGACGACCAAGGACCAGUCGUGCAAGAUGAGCUGCUGUCUCUCGUCGUGCGAUUCCGCAAGUAUAAGGUGGCGGUGAUCGCCGACAUCGAGAAAAUGUAUCGCCAGGUGAGUAUGCAUCCCGAUGACCGACGUUUACAACGUAUUUUUUGGCGCUUUCAGAAAACAGAA